AUGAAGAUACAAAUUGGCCAGGUCGAAGACAGCGUGACCGAAAUCAUUGAGUCCAUGCAGAAGCUUCGCAUAGCUUGCUUGCCCAAUGCCUCCAUCGAUGUUGAAAUGGGAGCAGUGGCCUACUUUGACUGGGAUGCUGGGUCCCGGAAGUUGGGAAGGCCUGUGGUCUCUGUCUUCGGUGGUGGCGGGGUUUCGGAGGAGCACAGCGACACCUUGACACCUGAGAGAUUCUGCUUCGGUGGAAAGUGGACCAAGGACACAGCUGCCCUUCAGAAGUCGAUCAACCAAGGUCCUUUGGGCAUGGGGGUCUGCCCGCCUUGA